UUGACUUUCUUCCGGAACUUUGUAUGGGGCAAAAACUCUAUGUGACAUUUACAUAUGAGAUUAAAAUAAAUCCCAAGCAUAAACAGAAGUUGGAUAAGUUGUGCAACUUGGUCACGUGGACAGAACGAAUCGGCUAACCAGUGCCAGUGCCAUUACCAGAUGACAGGAUUACAUCAUUCAAUAUGAUGCCUAGCAAACGACCAGAACUGCUGCUUCACCUGUUUUAUUCCUUCGUCAUUACAGGUGUACUGGGCACAUUAAAACCCGUCAUCGAAUACACGUCAACAAACAUCACCGUAGCGGAAGGUCGGACGGCCAUCUUGCCAUGUUCAGUGAGCAAUUUAGGUCGUCAUAAGGUAAAGGUGGUGUGGGUGGACCAAUGGGACACUGUGCUCACCUUCAACGACCAGCGGGUCAUCGACGACAUGCGGCUGAGCGUGCAGCACCGGAACGAGAGGGAGUGGAACCUGCAGCUGGACAAGGUCAAGCACUCGGACCAGGGCAUGUACACCUGCCAGGUCAACACGGACCCCUCCAUCUUCCACGGCGUCAUGCUCUCGGUCGCUGUGCCACCCAAUAUUGUGACGCCAACCGAGGAUGGCAGUAUCACCGUCAGAGAGGGGGAGAAGGUCACGCUGACCUGCAACGCUACGGGGUUUCCCCGUCCUCUGGUCACGUGGUAUCGUGUGCCGAGGUCGUACGGAGAGGAGAGAGCGAGUGAGUCAUGCCGUGCCGACUCUAAGAUUGGAAACAGCGGUGAGAUACUGGUCAUCCACAACGUGACACGGUCGUGUGGGGGGCCAUACGAGUGUGAGGCUGACAACACGGUCCCCCCUAGCAUGAAGCGGACCACGGUGGUUAAAGUCAAAUUUCAGCCAGAAGUCAACGUUGCCAACAAAAGGUUAAGCCAGUACAUUGGCAAGGACACCAUCUUGGAGUGUUUUGUCAACGGGUACCCUCAGGCCACGGCGGCAUGGAAGUUUGGCUCUAAGCAACUCAGUACAUCAAAUAAGUAUAAGUUAGAAUUAGAUUAUGCUGUUGAAGAUGAAAGCAAACUGACCUUGACAGUGACAAUAAAAGACAUCGAACCCUCGGACUUUGGUGAAUAUGUGUGUUUCGCUUCCAAUGACAUGGGGGAGGCUAGUGACGUCAUGCAUUUACUCGAAUACAAAGAAAAGACAAAAAAACCGACCGAGCCGCCCCCACCCACAACAAAGUCUAUCACGACCACUGUGAACCAGUACAUCAUGCAGAAAUCUUACCCACCUACUUUUUUACCUAAUCAGAAUUACGCCCCUAAGCCCCAGGGUAGACAGGGCGUAGGCGCGAGUCCCAUCAUAACAAAAGAUACCGGUCGAUCAAAACACGAGUCAGAUGAAUCUUCAGGAGACAGGAACGCAAGCCCAAGUGUUUGCCAGUUUUUCCUUUAUUUUAUGUGUGCAUAUUUUUUUUCAUUUGUUUAGGUGGAUAUGUCUUACCUGUGGAUAUUAAUAACUUUAUGGCAGAAUGGUGUGCAUUUGUUUGUGUAAGUAGCUAAACGUCCCAUCAGAACAAAAGGUCAGUUGGCCAGACAAUGUUGGGCUAUCUGCCCAUCUGGUCAGUUAGCCAGACAAUGUUGGGCUAUCUGCCCACCUGGUCAG